CAAGCAGCACUAGGACCAUGAAGCUCCUGCCUCCUUUGGGGGAGGAGCCAGAGCAGCAUUUUGUGGCAGUUACACACACAGAACAGGCAGUGAGUUUUGUUUGUCAUAAACUGCCACAUGUGAAUGGCAGUGCUCCUGGCAGAGACUCUAGCCACUGGCCCCGGGAUGAAUUGGCCCCAAACUGACUGGUGACAAGAACACUAGGAGCCUGGGAAGCUGAUGUGAGGAUUGGGGGAAGAAUCUGUGGAAAAGGAAGUCCCAGGGAAUCGGGAAGUGAGAGAAGAGGUAGAGAAGCCCCAGAAGCCAAUGAUUGUGAUUCUUUGGAUAAAGACAAGAGACCAUUAGACUGUGCAACUUCUCCAACACCAGCAAAUCCUCACAUUGGAAAGAAACAUCUGUAUCAGACUCAGAAUCACCAUCAUUACAAUGAACAUUCCCAACUCCCAGAAGGAUCUUCCCUCAAUCCCUCAAUGCUCAGAAUGUGGGAAAACAUUUGCAAAAAAUGGUGACCUUCAAAAUCAUGUCACACUUCACACAGGAGAGAAACCAUACGAUUGCUCAGAAUGUGGCAAAUGUUUCAGGUUAAGCAGUACCCUUAGACAACACCAGAGAAUUCACACAGGGGAGAAACCCUACCAAUGUGCAGAAUGUGGGAGAAAAUUUACAGUGAAAACCGUCCUCAAUUAUCACUUGAGAAUUCACACAGGAGAGAAACCAUGCAAGUGCACAGAAUGUGGGAAAUGUUUCAGAGAAAACAGUACCCUUAGAAAACACCAGAGAAUUCACACAGGGGAGAAACCAUUUGAGUGCACAGAAUGUGGGAAAUAUUUCAGGUUCAGCAGUACCCUUAGACAACACAAAAGAAUUCACACAGGGGAGAAACAUGGGGAAAAAAAUACAACAAAAACCAACUUCAAUAAACAGCUGAGAACUCACACAGGGGAGAAACCAUUCAAGUGUACAAAAUGUGGGAAAGGUUUCAAGGGAAAUUAUUUGCUUAAAUGCCACAUGAGAAUUCACACAAGAGACAAACCUUUCAAGUGCACAGAAUGUAACCGACGUUUCACUCUACUGGGAACCCUUACAGUUCACCAGAGAAUUCACACCGGGGAGAGACCUUAUAUGUGCACCGAAUGUGGGAAAAGUUUCAUGUCAGAGCCACAGCUUAAGAGACACCAGAGAAUUCACACUGAGCAGAAACCUUAUACAUGUACAGAAUGUGGGAAACAAUUGUCUCGUAAGGAAACCCUUGAGCGACACAUACAACUUCACGCAGAAGAGAAAACGUUUACCUGUUCAAUAUGUGGGAAAAUCUUUUCUAAUAAAAGGCACCUCCUCUACCCCCACACAGCUCACACUGGGGAGAAACCAUUCAUAUGCGCAGAAUGUAAGAAUAUGACUCACUCCUUUCUUUUCUCAUGUACAGAAUGUGGCAAACAGUUCUCUAAAUUCAGAUACCUUACCAAACACAAGGAAAUUCACACGAGUGAAACGUUCCCAUGUACAGAAUGCGGCAAACAUUUCUCUACAAAGACCUACCUUGCCACACACCGGAGAAUUCACUUUAAAAGGGAAACAUUGUCAUGUACAGAAUGCGGCAAACAUUUCUUAUCGAAGACAUGCCUUACCAUACACCGAAGAAUUCACUUAAAAAGGGAAACUUUCCCAUGUACAGAAUGUGGCAAACAUUUUUUAUCAAAGUCCUAUUUUCAGCAGCAUUACGUUACCCACACAGGGGAGAAACCUUUCACGUGCACAGAAUGUGGCAAAUGUUUUUCUAUAAAGAAGAACUUUAACAGACACCAGAGAAUUCACAUAAAAAAGGAAACUUUCCCAUGUACAGAAUGUGGCAAAUCUUUCUUUACAAAGGCCAGUCUCCAGCAGCAUUCUAUGGCCCACACAGGGGAGAAACCAUUCACGUGCACAGAAUGUGACAAAUGUUUCUCUAAAAAGAAAUACCUUAGCAGACACCAGAAAAUUCACAUAAAAGGGGCAACUUUUCCAUGUACAGAAUGUGGCAAAUCAUUCCCCACAAAGUGCAGCCUACAGCAGCAUUCUAUUACUCACACAGGGGAGAAACCUUUCACAUGCACAGAAUGUGGCAAAUAUUACUCCACAAAGAGAAGCCUUAGCAGACACCAGAUAAUUCACAUUAAACUGAAACUUUCCCAUGUACAGAAUGUGACAACCUGCAAUUCUAUUAUGUAAUCCACAUGAGAAAAACAUUUUCAAAUUGCGCAUAUGUGAACAAAUUCACUAAAACAACUCUUUUUGCCUAAACCAGAUUAUCCACACAGGAGAGAAACCUUUCACCUGCACAGAAUGUGGCAUAAAUUUGUUUAAUUGUUAAACUAAUUUCCCCUUUGAAGCUUCCAUGGCAAAUCCUGGGCAAGUUGUUAUGUAUAUUGGAGCAUUAUUGGGGCCACUUAGAGGUGUGGCCAUGAGUUCAUGGGCCAUUUUUUCCUGACUAAGGUCCUAAGCUAUUUGUUGGCCAGGCCCUCCAGCCAGGGUCCCAGGUGAUAAUGGGCUAAUAAAUGGGGCCACUUAGAAUGUGGGCCUCUAAGGGGUGUAUACGUCCUAUACUGCAAGUCUGUGACUGUGACUAGGGGAUCAGGGUGUGGGAAACUCAAGGGUUAACAGUAUCUUGGGAAGUCCAAAGAAUAUAGGAAUUGACAUGGUUAGUGUGGAGAAGAUGUAAAAAAGUUAACAUCUUCAUCAUCAUCUACAUUAGAGUCCUGCGCAGGUCCAUUUUUUGACCCGUACCACACAACCUGUAAUCCACAACCCGGACCCACAACCCGCAUUCUUACCCGUUUGGAACCGCUACCCGACCCGCAAGUACCU